AUGGCAUUCAACGGUAAAAGACGUACUUUUUACUCAAGGCGUUUUUAUGCAAGAAAACGAUUCUUUAAUAGGCGUAGGAGGACUUCUUAUAGGAGGAAACGUGCUCCAGUACGAAGAAGGACAUAUCGUCGUAGAACUCCAUUUAUGAAGCGUAUUUACAAGGGUAUUGUUCACUCUGAACACAAGGCAUCACAUGAAUUCAACUUGGGAGCUAAAGGUAUCUAUACUUCCAAUUUAUGCUGGAAUUGGCAUACUUUUCUGACUGGAUCCAUCAAAAGUCAGACUUCUUCAUAUUUAAAUCUGUUUGACGAGGUGAAGAUUAGACAUGUGACUCUUACCUACUGGUUGAGGAAUAAUUUAUCCAAUUCUCUUACCAAUGAGCAAGCUACUGUAACUACUACCUAUGAUCCUGAUUGUCAAGGAAGGGUGAUGUCUUUAGAUAAUCAGAACUGUUGCCCGAAUACUCGUGAAAGGUUGAUCCGUUAUGGCAAGAAGUAUAAGCUCAAGAUGUAUCCAAAGUUCCAGCCUAAGCUUUCUGCUGCUAAAUCUGUACCUAUUGGUGGUAAUUCUAUUUCGCCAUGGAUUGAUGCUGCCUAUUUUACCUAUGGUGCUUCUCCUGCUUCUUCUAUGAAUGGAAUUAUUUAUACUUUGAAAGGUUCUCCUAAUACCUUUGUUGAAGGCUUUUAUAGUGUGGGACUGUCAUGGAAAGGACGUAGAGAUGGUCAGAUCUAUACUGUUAAGGAUGAUAUGUACUCUGCUGCUACUCCUGAAGGUUUUGAAGUCCUUGAAGGGCAUGAUACAGUGAAUUAG